UCCUGUGCACAUGGGAUAACACUCACAGAAUUCCUACAAGGCAUUAUUGGGAUUCGACGUGGCAGCGCAGUCUAAAAGCUGAAACAACCAACAUUUAGAUGAUAAGGCCAUCUCCGAACUGACUCUUUCCAUGUGUUUGAUGGGCAUGGUUUCGAUUUUCUAGGUAACAGGAAGAUGCAACCUUAAAAAAUUGAUUUAACAUUAUCAUCAUCUGACUAAGGUUUUCUGAGGUUGAAGGGACCUUUAAAUUGGGACAGAACCCAGUCCAUUCAGUGAACUAUCACGCACAAUGAAUAGGUUUCUAGUCUGCAGAGAAAUGAGAGUCGGAGCUCCCCAGAAGGUUGUCAGUUGGUUGGGUUCUUUCAAUCUCGUAAGCAGAUCUAUUCAUUCUAUACCCUUUGCUACUGUAGACGUUGAAGAAAUAUCAGGUUCUCAACCUGCUGAAGUUCAUAACUUGGUGCAGGGAAAAUGGAAAGGAUCUUCAAGUUGGAAUACGCUUUUGGAUCCUUUAAAUGGAGAGCCAUUCAUUAAAGUUGCUGAGGUAGAUGAAACAGGCGUUCAGCCAUUUAUAGAGAGCUUGUCCAAGUGUCCGAAGCAUGGUCUACACAAUCCCUUUAAAGAACCAGAGAGGUAUCUUUUGUUUGGAGACAUAUCUGCAAAGGCAGCCCACAUGCUUUCCCUUCCAAAGGUUUCUGAUUUCUUCACGAGGUUAAUACAGAGAGUUUCUCCAAAGAGUUACCAGCAGGCUCUUGGUGAAGUUGUUGUUACUCAAAAAUUUCUAGAAAAUUUCUCUGGUGAUCAGGUCUUUUGCAGUACCUGGAAAUCAUCUCGGACAGCAAAGUCAUGGUUUUCGUUGGCCUUAUGGUCCUGUAAGUUGCUCCUUCUAAAUAUGAAUGACACUAAUAGAAACUAUAGUAUGAAGACCUUCAUCAAUUGUAUUUCAAAAAUCAUUUAAACAUGGGGCAA